AUCAGGUUAUCCGGGGUGCAUGGUUCGGCGGUUUCUAUCGUGUUAUUUCCGGGAAGUUGAGAAAAGGGCCGGUCUGUGUUGCUGUGGCUGUGUUCCCCUAAUUGUUCUUGGCAGCACGCGAUGGGCCUCACGUUUGUUAUUCAGUGAGGUAGUCACCAAACACUACAAGGAGACACUGCCUCAAAAUGAUCCUGGCUGGCUGUUCAUGGGGGCGAUAAACAUAGCAAAUAAGCAACUAGCCCAAGUUCCCUCUGGCCCUGAGGCCAUGCCUAGUGUAAGGCCGUACACUAAGAUUAUAUAUUGUAAUACAAACUGUUUGUUCGACACUGAUAAGGCAUCAUAAAGGAUAACAUAGCAAACACUUGGGGUCAUAACUGUGACACGAUAGCUAUGGCGGCUGGUGCCUUAAUGAUCUCCUUUUUGAGUCUAGUGUUGUCUGAUGCGACGCCUAUCGAUACACAGCUGCAGAACCUACAGCAUCAGGUUAAGUCGCUGAACAAUGUUCUGAAUGACGUCAUCAAGGAAUUCGUCGAUCUCAGACAAAAACACGAAGACUUGGAAAAUAAGUUCCAUGAUGUGUCGGCUGAGCUUAAACACGUAAGGAAGGAACAAGACAGAAUGGGUCGUCGAAUGAAUAGAAAUCUGGGUGGACUAUCGGAGGAAAGGUCUGCUUUCUCCCAGCGGAGCGGAACAGGGAAUCCUGGACUGAAGGGGGAAAAGGGUGACACUGGCCUCGCUGGACCUAAAGGGGAAGCUGGCAUCGCUGGACCUAAAGGGGACACUGGCAUCGCUGGACCUAAAGGGGAUGCUGGCCUCGCUGGACCUAAAGGAGACGCUGGCAUCGCUGGACCUAAAGGGGACGCUGGCCUCGCUGGACUUAAAGGGGACGCUGGUACUCCUGGUCCACAGGGCACGUCUGGAAGUAAGGGGCAGAAAGGGCAUGCUGGAUUGAAAGGGGAACCUGGAGUUAACGUCGUGCAACACCAGAUUGCAUUCCACGCCGAGCUGGGUGAUGACAUGGUACAAAUACUCGAUGAUCAACAUAUCAAUAUGCAAGAUGACAUAUUUACUAUAGGAGGAGGGUAUGACAGAAAUACAGGAGUAUUCGUCUCCCCAGUAGAUGGAGUAUACCUCUUUUCCGUCACAGUCCUUGUCAACAGACAUGGCCAUGUCGAAGUGGAGCUUAAGCGGAAUGGUGAUACCAUCCUCGACCUUUACGCUGAGGCUGUUGAUGAAAAUGAAUCUGGAUCCAACAUGGUCCUCGUUCACCUGCAUGCAAAUGACAAAGUCUGGGUCCAAGUACAUGAUCGUUAUUAUGAUCCUAGCUCAAUGAUUGAUAACCAUUUCACAACAUUCACCGGAUUUCUCUUAUAUGCAUAGUAAUAAAUGACUGAAUGAAGCACUUGUUGCAUUUUCUGGUCCUUUCUAGGGAAUUCCUCACGGACAGAGUGCCAACAAUAAGUUUUAAACAACAAGUCAAUAUUUCAAUAAUAUUACAAUAUCUCAAAACAUUAAAAAAAAUUCAAAACAAACUACUAUUAAUAGUCUUAUUUUAAUGUACGUUCACUUAAAUUGACUAGCGCAAACAAUGGGAAAUGGAUGAAGGCUGCGUUGCUUAUGAAAUCAGCCAUCUUGGAUUUAGCUGCAUCAAGAUGGCGGUCAUAGCUACCUCCCAAACGUACGGCCCUCAUUCACCGUAUUCAUUAA